AUGGAUUGCUCAAAUCCUGCCAUUACAAAAGCAAUGUCUGAGGGAGUUCGGCUUCAUACUGUUCCGAGGAUGCCUCGGAUUCUACUUGCUGCUUGUGGAUGUAUUGAUGCGCUCAAAUUCAGACUACUUUGUCUAGAGUUUUCAGGAUGGGCAAAAAUUAGUGUUGUUUUCACAAAAUCAUCGUUACGUUUUAUUGAUACAGAAUCAUUAUUUCCUAAAGGUCUAAAUGUUUAUCGAAGUAAUUCUGCCAAUGAACUUCUUCAAUGGGCUGAUAUCAUGGUCAUUGCUCCACUAUCGGCACACACCCUUGCCAAGAUUGUGGGAGGGAUUUGUGACGAUCUACUGACAAGAAUUGUACAAGCAUGGGACCGCAAGAAGCCAUUUUAUGUUGCACCAUCGAUGCACCCUUUUAUGUGGAAAAAUCCUUUCACAGAAAGGCAUCUCAAGUGCAUAGAAGAAGAACAUGACAUUACAAUCAUCACACGCAAAGAAAGGGGCAGCAUGACAGUCAUCGAACCCCAAGAAGAUGAAGAUAAAGGGGAGGAAUGUGAGAUUGGUGCAAUGGUUGAACCUUCUGAAAUUUCUUACACUGUGAAGAUCGCUCAUGAAAUCAUUUUGACAUAUUAUCCAUGUUGACAAUUAUGGCACCUAUGUUUUUUUCCCCAUUGAUUGGUUCUUUUUGAUCUCUUAUUAGUUGCUGUGUAAUUCUGUUAGUGCUAUGGGGUGUUGCUUGUGCACUAACAUAGUUGUAGAUGUAGAUGUAUGU